AUGGAAAACGCAACACAAGUGACAGAAUUUGUUUUUAAAGCAUUUGCAUCCUUCUCGGGUCUCCCUUACGUUAACUCUGCUCUAUUCUGUGUUUUCCUGUUCCUCUACUCUCUACUUUUCAGUGGAAACGUUUUGAUUAUGUUCAUUAUCUCAGCAAACCAUCGCCUCCAUACACCUAUGUAUUUCUUCCUUAGCAAGCUAUCGUUUAUUGACCUUUGCUAUUCAUCAGUAACUGUGCCCAAAUUUCUAGUAGACUCCCUGUCUGGGAGGAAGGUCAUAUCUUUCAAUUCGUGUAUUGCUCAACUGUUCUUCUUCCACUUUUUUGGUUGUGCCGAAAAUUUUAUUUUCACUGUCAUGGCUUACGAUCGCUUUGUUGCUAUUUGCAAACCAUUGCAAUACUCGAGAAUUAUGAACAGACAAUGCUGUUUGUUGUUAAUGGCAGCAACUUGGGCCAUGUGCAUUAUACACUCUACCAUCCAAAAAGGUUUGACCUCAGAGCUAACAUUCUGUGGACCCAAUGAAAUACACAGUUACUUCUGUGACACUCCACCACUAAUUAAGUUGGCCUGCACUGACAUAACAAUGAUUAAUAUCAUAACAGUGGCUAAUAGUGGCAUUGUGUCAUUUUGCUGCUUUCUGACUCUUGUUAUUUCAUAUAUUGGCAUUGUUAGGUCAGUCUUAAAAAUUAAAACAAUUGAAGGGAGACGUAAAGCCUUUUCAACUUGUGUCUCUCAUCUCACAGCAGUGCUCUUAUUCUUUGGUCCUUGUGUCUUCAUUUACAUGAGGCCAUCCACUGAGCUCCAGGUUGAUCAGGUGGUGAGAGUGUUUUAUACAUUCAUAGCACCCACUAUAAACCCUGUUAUCUAUACCUUAAGGAAUGAGGAAAUUAAGACAUCCGUGAAAAACCUCUUAAGCAGGAAACCUGACUCCUGGUUUAUUCUAUAA